AUGGCAGCAUCAGCCCAGAAACAAAGAUAUGCUAAUAUUUCCCUUGGUUCUUCUUUAAGACCCAGUACGAAUUCAUCAUGGUUGUCGCCUUCAGGACUCUAUGCCUUUGGAUUCUACGAGCUAACCAAUGGCUAUGCUGUUGGAGUUUUUAUUGCUGGGAUCCCAGAAAAGACUGUAGUGUGGACAGCCAACAGGGAUGAUCCUGUUUUUCCCAGAAAUGCCAAUUUGCUAUUAACCGAUGAUGGAAGACUCAUUCUGCAGCAGGAAGAUAGAGAUAACAUAAAUAUUGCAAGUUCUGACAGGCCAGUCGUUUCAGCUUCAAUGCUUGACAAUGGAAAUUUCGUGAUGUAUGACUCCUCUCGUAGGAUUACAUGGCAGAGUUUUGAUUACCCGACGGACACUCUUUUGCCCGGCCAACGUCUCCCGGCUGGAGAAGAUCUCGUCUCCAGUGCUUCAAAAACGAACCCUGCCAGAGGUAUUUUCCGUCUCGUGAUGCAAACUGAUGGGAACCUGGUGCAAUACCCUGUGGAAAUUUCCGAACCCAGUUAUGCUUACUAUGUAUCAGGCACGUGGGGAAAAGGCAAUAACGUAUCACUAAAUCUUGAUAAUAAUGGCCAUUUUUAUUUGUCCGAUGGAAGCUCCAUUGUAAGCAAUUUAACUCCAGGACAAUAUCGAACAAGAACUAUCUACCUCGUGAGAAUUGAUGUGGAUGGUAUUUUUCGACUAUAUAGUCGCUCAUUGGAUCGUCAAGGCAACUGGAUUAUCAAUAACCAGGUCUAA